AUGAAGGACGACGUCGCAUUUCCUCUUAUACUGGACGGUACUGUUCGUGAGAUCACUUUCAGACUUGCGACUGCCGAGGAAAUUGUACGUAAUGUUGCAUCGUUUCUUAAAAUUUUAUAUCUUACAGCGGUCUUAUUAUCUAUUUUCAUUGGAGAUGGGAUAUGUGGAAUGGUAGCCUGAGUUUAUUAUCUAUAGUGUUUUCUUUGAACUAACCAAUGCGUUUUCUACCAAUAUAUUAACCGUUUAUUCUUCCUGAAAAAAAUGUGAAUCCUUCCAUUCAAGUUUCUCUGAGCGUGGACUUAAUUAAACUUCAUCCUUUCAUUUUCAGCGCUCUUCCUGUGCAAAUGAUUGCCCUAUAAGCCAUCCUAAUCAGCUAACGAAUCCGUUCCUUGGUCUUCCAUUGGAGUCAGGCAAAUGUGAAGCUUGUGGGACCACUGAACAUGGGGAAUGUGAAGGUGUAUAUUUUGGCCGGUUUUAUAUUAAAGUUACCUAUUCCUUACGCUUUCAUGGCAUCCCUGAUGAUGGUAGUCAUCUUUUAUUGUGGCAGGUCAUUUCGGAUAUGUGGCAUUGCCCAUACCCAUAUACCAUCCUUGUCAUGUUUAUGAAUUGAAGAAUAUAUUAAACCUCCUAUGUUUGAAGUGCCUGAGAAUGAAGAAGGGGAAGGUAAAACUGUAAAACUUAUAUAUACAAGAUAAAAUGAUUAAACAUAUUUUCUUCUAUUGCAUUGUCGUUUCUGGUGAAUAUUCAUUUUCUUGGUUCUUUGAUUUUCUACUUCUCGUAGAAAUAUUCCUGUCGGAGAGAGCAGACUCCUUUAAGCUUCCCAUCCUUGCUAAAAUUGAUGCUCUUUUGCCAGAAGAACUCUCCUUCUCCUGAUGAUGUCGUAGGGGCCCUAAAAAUCUCUGCGAGUUGCUCAGAGCGAAGCUAGUAAUAGUAUCCCUUACCAUGAUUCCUCUACACAAACUCUGUGCGAGUGCAUUGAGCAGGGUGUCAAAUCAGAUACAAUAAUUGAUUCCGUCUUCCCAAUCUGCAGGGAUUCAAACAACAGCUUUCAGGACAGCACAUUACAUCAUAUGGCAGCUUGCAGGAUCUCACUACGAUCACCUUUUGUGGGAAUGCAUGCUUUUAGAAUUUCUUUUGUUCUAAAAGAAGUCUGUUAGGGGACGAUUCAAAACUGUAUAAAUGCUUCCCUUGUCAAGUUUUCUUUGUUAUUUCCUUCUUCCCUUAAAUUCCUUUCUUUUGUUUUUCCUCCCCUCGAGUUGGACAACACUAGCUUCUUCAAUUCUCAAAUCUGGCACGGUUUUGGCCUGAACUGGGUACAUGACCAUUUGGGAUUUUUCCUUCAGUAAUUGAUUGUCAGGGAACUUAGUCAACGAUAACCUUGACUAGCCCAUUUUGUAGAUAGAGAUGAGUGAUUUUAUUAGUCAUGUUGUCUUCUUGGGCUAAGUAAUGACUGUGGAAUUACUUGUGAAAAAAUAAUUAAUUCCUUGAUAGAAAAUAUAUGGGCUUAUGAUCAUUUAUGAAAGCACUCUUCUUAUCUCCCUUUUCAUCGAGAUAUAGCUGUUCCCAUUUGCACCUGCACACACACACACUUGCACAACUUUGUUACAUGGGUUUUUUCUUGUCCGAUGGUUUGUACGAGCCAUAUAUUUCUACAGUCAUACUUGCUUGGACUUGUUCCCUCUCCUGUGAUUCUGAUGCAUGCUUUGGGGUGGGACAACCUAAUUCUGCCCACAAACAGUAAUGUUUCUGGCUGAUAUCCCCGCAAUCAAUCUAUUACCUCAUAAUUUUUUCUCCCUAUGAUGAAUCUUGUGGGUCUUGAACUGUAUUUUUUCCUAGCCAUCUUUAUGACCUGUCUGGAAAAUGUUAUAAAUUUUCAGGUUAGUCACAACCUUGGAGGAAAGAAGCAUAGAAGUUCUUGUUUGUACUGUCCGGUAAUCUCUGAAAAGCAUCUGUUUACUUGCUUAAUCAUUGGUUUUCUCGCAUUACUUUUAUAUUGUUUUGUGAUUUAUCUGUUUAACCGUAUUCGGACUAUUGUCCUUUAUGCAUUCUUGACACUUGACACUUUACAUUUUUUGCUGCUUUGUCAUUCCAUCAAGUUUAUGCGGUGGAUGUCAGCGAAUAGGGCUCUCUUACCCUUUAUCCUGAAGUUCGUAAUACAAUCACUAUUUUAUCGAUGCAAUAGAAGGUACAUAGAGGGGUAGGUCUCCAUUACGAUAGUUGGGUGGAUAAGAAAGAAAGAAGCAACAAAGAGAAGUGUUUGUUCUCUUGAAUUUUAGCCAGGUAGGUUAUCUAAGUGACGAGAACAGUGUUAGUUACGAGAACAGGUUAUUUAAGGUAGGCUAUUUAAGACAGAUGAUUUUUUAGGGAAGAAACGUCUUUGGAAAAUUUUCAUGCAGCCAGAUUCUCCUCUAGAGAAUACGAUGUUUUGACAAUAAUGUAUUAGACGUGAGUGAAGGAAAAUUGAUAUUUCCUUUCAUUGUUCUCACAUCUGUAGAGGAUAGUAAUAUUCAGCACUAUAGAUUUGUUUGCUAUCUGAUGUUAGUUUCAACGUAAUUCUUUUGGAAUCAAUCCACAUCCUCGAUCUCGCUCCACUGUACUUCCAGGGGCUUGACGUUCAAAGAAAAUUUCUAGGUUUCACAACAUAUGAAAUGAUGAUCCAUGCUCUCCUACAGCUUCUGAAAAAUGACGAUCGUUCAACGGUUUGAAUUUUAGAAUAUUAUCUCCCAUUCUCGUUCUUUUGAGGCAAACUUUUCUUAGAAUGGCUCCAAUAAGGAUAAUCCAAAGUUUUCUCCCUCCAUCUUGCAAAUCGCCUCGUAUUGGGUAUUGCAUGGUAUUUCUAUAGACAGUCGUUAUGCAGAAAUACUGACUUUGGAAACCCUCACAACUUAAAAAAGUUGCGAAAAGGGUGUUAUAAUUAGGGGGAAGUCUUGGUCCUUGAUCCUGUUGGAUGUUGUUGGAUAUUCUUUGGUAUCCUAUGGAUGGGAUGGUUUUGAUUUACCGAAGCUUUGGACAUUAUAGAAAACAUUUGUGGGUAAGAAAACUUGUGGAAAAAGAAGAAAAGACCGGCACCUUGCUUCCUUCCUGGCUUCUUUUUUAAAUUUUUGGUUUCAGUAAAAAUUGCACAAGCUCCUGGAAGGUGAGCUCAAGGCAGUUAAGAAUGCCAAUAACACUACCAUUCUAUCACCUGAGUACAAGUGAAACACAGAUGACUGUAGAUUUUUUCUCGUCUUUAAUUCUUGGGGUUGGUGAGUGAGAUUGUAUCCUUUGUGUUUUCAAUUUUCAUUUGAAAAUUGAUUCAAGCCGAAAUAAGCUGUAUCUGACUUUCUAUGAUCCUAGGAACCGGAUUUUUAACUUGAAUGUUUUGCAUGUUGACUAAGUGUAGAAUACCUUUCUGAAUAAAGUAAAAUACCUAACAGACGCCAACAAUUUUAUGUUUCUGUAACGUAUUAAUUGGUUUCUAUUUAACUCAUUGCAAUAUUUAAAAGUAGUGACUUAAAAAUUAUUUUUAAAUGUAAUAUUUAAUUUAUAUUGUGCAUUAUUUUUUAUUCUAAGGAGAGGAUUCAUCUGUUUUUUUAUUUAGAAUGAUGAAUUUUUUCAGUUUCUGUAGAUUGUUUGUUCCUGUCCAAUACUAUUGGUUAAUCGAAUCAUUAUACAGUUUUUAACUGUUGUGGUUAUUUCACUGAUUUUCGUUGUAUGUUCUAGAUCUUCUUUAGGAUCUCACAUCUGGUAUGUUCUAAACAACAUUUGACAAAGGGUGCUUUAAAUCCUUGAUCUAGUCUCCCAUACUUAUGCAUGCAUACCAUUAUUUCUUAAGUGAAUAUGAAUAUUUUUAUUUUUCAAUGAGAUUUGUUUACCUGUACUAUGCUUAACAUUUACUUCAGAGAAGAUCUAGGUGCUGCACCUAGUGCUAUGAGGUUAUGCUGAAAGUCUUUUAAAUUGCCAGAAGUAUAGUCAUGUGAUAAAAAAUGGAGGUUGAUUGUACCUUGAUCAUGCUUUUAAAAAAAUAAUUCUCUGUACCCCCGACUCUUGUCAAUUUUAUCUCCAGGCUUAGGGUAUCUUCUUGUUAUUUUUGGUAAAUCCUCUUUUGAAGCUUAAUAACCUGCCAAUUUCGUCAUGAUCUGCCAUUCACUUUAUUUCGCUGAUUUCAUAUUUUCAGGAACUUCCCCCGGUAUCUGUAACCGAAGUGAAGACCGUUGAUGGUGCUGUUGGCCUAGAAUUGAAAGCAGUUUCAAAGGCCACAUUUCGAGAUGGCUUCUGGAAUUUUUUAGGAAGAUAUGGAUUUCGCUAUGGUGACUCAUACUGUCGCCCUUUACUCCCUUAUGAAGUACAAUUUUCUGUCUCUCAUAUACAAUUUCAUGUAAUAUUCCGGUAUUAUUUUUUAGACUCUCAUUCAUGUAAUCUAUCUUCAAGCAGGAUCUCUUUGAGAUAAGAAACAUGAAGAACUUCUUUUGAUUUUUUUUUAGUGUAAUCUUUUUGUGGUAGUGAAACCAAAGUUCGCAAACAUUGGAUGUGCAUUGGAAUCGGCUAUCCAAAAUCAACUCUGGUUUGGCUGAUUCUGAGCCAGUAUGAACUAAUUCCCUGUCUAUCUGCAGGGAGUAAUAUCUGGCAUUCAAAUAUUCUAAAAAAAAUCUUAAGAAUUUUAUUUAUCAUGCUGCAACUACGAGCAUUAAUCCUAUCUCGAUUGAUGUCAGUGCUGGCGCCUGGUAGGAGCUUCGUGGGAGCUAGAUUGUCUAAACGGUUGA